AUGGGUAAAAUAAAGAAAGCAGCGGGGCCAAAGCAUGAGGCAACUCUGUCUCCGGCCUUGUCACAGUUUGUGAACACGUCGACAAAAGUUCCCUUGUGCAAGCUCCCUUCUCAGCUCGCAACUUUCCCUCGACAGUGGCCCUUUCCCCGAGGUGAUCUGUACCACUGGAUUUCCCUCUUAAACCGCUUCGAUCGAAUUCUUGAACUCUUCACCCAGGAAUAUGCUCUUCGCGCUGGACCGCAAACUCAACCAUUUUCACGUCGGCUGCUCCUCCGAGGAGACGCUACCGAAGAGGACGAAUCGAAGGUGGAGGGCACCAAUGAUGAGGAGCUGGACAAGUUGGGCUUUGGUGUUGAGGGAGAUAGGGAGUUGAUUGAAUCGUUGCUUGUGUUUUCCAGAAUAUUACUGGAAAAUUGUGGCAAUCGAAGCUUGUACGCAAGCAGCGAGUACCUGAAUGAUCUUCUCAACACUACUUCGCUAUCACUCCUCUCCUGUACUUUACGCUUGACUGUACGAUUGGCACAGCGCUAUCAUGCCUCGCGCCAGCGAACGGUCUCCUCAGCUCAGCACCUCAACCAGGCUCUCCUCGCGAGCCACUACAAUAUUGACUUGGACCGAGUGCACAAACUGGCUCUUCCCUUUGUCAAAUCUCUCCCACCGCCACCCGCCGGCCUUUCCUCCAGCCCUUCGAUCACUCCCUCAAAGGGAAAAGAAAAGACUAAUUCCACACCUUCGGUGCGAUCAACUGCUGUCGGCCCUCUUCAUGCCACAGACCUGACCGCACUCGCGCGAGCGGACAGUGGUCGCUCUUCUGCCUCCACGACCCCAGAGGCUCGUCUGGCACGAUCCUCGAGCUACCGUGGACAGCCAUGGGAAGAGUGGGGAGGCGUGUGGCUUUCCUAUUAUCCCAGUCCGAUUGCCGCAGAGGACACGCAGAAGAACCCUACCACCCCCGGCCCCGCGGCUCACCCUAACACGCAAGCCCCUUCGACGCCCACUCCCGUACGACGCACGUCCGGAUUGGGUGCCCACAGAACGCCAAAGCAGAAUCGACCUACGGGCCCCGAUGCAACUCCUUCGACUCCUGCCGAGUCUUCCGGUAGCCGUGCGGAGGAGCACAGACCCGGAGGCGCCAAAGUCCUUGAGAUUUCCUCCUCUAGAGUGUCGAACUCGUCUCUGCUCGAUAUUCUCAAGGAUGUUGUGCCCGAGCUUCCCCAGGACGUCCAUUACGAUCUGCUCACGCGACUUCGGGUGGCACGAGCGUUGAUGGGCGGGUUGGAGACGCGACGCGAGAUUCUCGCCAUUCGCAUGCUCGCCAUCACCAACUUGGCUUAUAUCCAUCCGGAAAGUGUUUUUCAGCAGAAGAUUCUGCAGCAAGAUUCCGAUGAGCCACGCCGUCUUCAGCUCGCGUAUCAACUCGCGGAGCUUAUUCACCAGCCCGGCAAUGGCGCUUCCGGCGUGCCAAGAGUGCUCCAAACAUUUGCCCUGGGUACCUUGGAGGCGCUCACCAAGCACAAGUCCAAGGCACCCGACAUUUGCGCCGCAUUGAGCGUGAAUGUAAAUCAUGGCGUUCUUCUCUACGUGAUUCGCAAGGCAAUUGCCGAGCUCGGACAGCCGGACGGCACAUCAGACUCUCCAGAAGACGAUGAAUGGCGGGAUGCGCUCUUUUCUCUUCUUGGUGCCCUCCCGACCUCUGCGCCUCGGACCGGAGACGCCCUUGUCUCUGCUGGUCUUCUUCAGAUCCUCCUCGAGGCACUCGUGCUUCGGACCACCAAGGCCGAACGCAAUCAUCCAAAGAUUCUAAACUUUCUGGACACAUUCGUUUACAGCAUCCGUGAUGCGUUCCAGGUCUUGGCAAACGCGAAGGGCCUGGACAUUAUCGCAGACCUAUCCUCGUAUGAGGUUGACCAUGCCCUUCGACGAGCACAAGAAGGGGAAGGGAUGCCCGUUUCUUACCGGAAUCAACUUUGCGACUACGAGAUACCAUAUGUACAGCAGCAAAUUCUUCGGUGGGUGUUCAAAUUUAUCAACCACAUGAUGUCCCAUAGUGGGGGUAAUUUUGAUCGAUUGCUGCGGAAUCUCAUUGACUCGCCUCCACUUCUUACCUCAUUGCGCACUGUUCUUGGGAAUGCCAAGAUCUAUGGUUCCAGUGUCUGGAGUGGCGCAUUGAACAUCCUCAACAACUUUAUACACAAUGAGCCCACAAGCUAUGCCGUAAUUGCAGAAGCCGGCCUGAGCAAGACGUUCCUUGAAGCCAUUACCCAACAAACGAUCGACGCCGACAAGCCUAAAGCCGAUGAUACACAACCCGCCCGGCCUGGCGAGACCCCAAGCGCGCAAGAAGCGGCCACAGCAUCUCGAGAGGGCACCGAUGAGACCCAGACCGAGGGCCGAACGGAUCAAUCCACUUCAGGCCCACAGAUCAAGCGGAGAGUCAAGGUGAUUCAAGCUCGCGAUGGCCCUCUUGCCCAAGGAAUCAUACCUGCGACCGAUGCUAUUGCCACCAUACCCCAAGCGUUUGGGGCCAUCUGCUUGAACUCUGCCGGAAUGCAACUCUUCCAGGCUUCCGAUGCCCUGGACAAGUUUUUUGAAAUUUUUGAGAGUCCGGAACACGUCAAGUGCAUGGACUCUGAAAUUGAUCUACCCAGCAUCCUCGGUAGCUCUUUCGACGAGCUGGUGCGACACCACCCUGCUCUGAAACCUGCAAUCAUGACUGAGGUGGUUGUAAUGGUUGCGCGCGUCGACUUCUUGUGCCACACUCGAGCGUGGUCUCGCGGCGCUGGCGCCAAGCUGUGGGUGGAGAAUGGCAGUGGCCAGCUCGAAGUAGCCGGCGGCCGCAAAGCAUUGUUCGGCGAUUCGGGCCCCUUCAGCAAGAAAGAAAAGGAAGCCUACGAAAUCGCCAAACAUAUGAUGAGCGUUGGCGAUCAGAGUAGAGAUGUCGAGAUGAAGGACCUCGAAGGCUCGUCUGCCGAGGGCCAGUCCGCAACGCUGUCACCUGACGACUCGAAAGCCUUGGAACUGGAAGACCUUUCAGACAAGGAGGAAGGCAAAUCAGACCCGACAGUUUCCACUUACAUCAAUGUCGCAGUCAAAUUCCUCAGCGGAUUCUUCUCCAAUGCCUCGUUGUGCUCCGGCUUCAUUGAAAUGGGCGGCGUUGAAUAUGUCCUUGAUUUUGCCACUCUCCCCAGCCUUCCAUAUGACUUCAACAACCAAGCAGCUAGCCAGGAGCUUGCCCGAGUUAUCCAUAUGCUGGUAGAGCAAAAACCUCACCUGGUUCUUCCGUCUCUCAUCAAACGAACGCAAAAGGCUGUGGAGAAGCUGGAGUCGUUCAUGGAUCACCAGGAUCCAUUUUCAUUCUUCGGCUCUCUGACAAGCAAGGAAGGAAGCUUCAAAGUCGAACAGGGCAAGGAACACGGAAAUCCGCUCGUCGAAAAUGCCACUCGAAACGCUAAAUCCCUUGUUGCAAUUCAUACGCUUACCAAUAUCCUCUAUGAAGCAUUUUCUCCGCCAAUGUUCAACCACCGCUCCAGCAAUACCGUCUUUAGCCAGGCCAAUCUCGUGGACAUGUACUGCGAGCUUGUUCACAGUCUGGGAAGGCUUCAUCGUGCUUGUGUUCGCGAGGAGAUUUUGUUACAGAAGAGUAUUCCCGAAUCAUGGAAGGAGGCUACGAAGGUCAAAGGAUUUGGUAUGGGAAAUGAAGAUGCGGACGAUGUCCUAGGUUUUGUAUCCGAGGAUGUACCGCAAAACUCAACAAAUAAUGGCAAUGCUGCCUCUGCCGAUUCUAAUUCAACAGGGGAUAGGCCUGCGAGCGCCUCUGGUCAACCAGAGGGGCCGGAAAAGGACAAGAAGCUAGAGCUUGAGCAAGACCAGAAGACUGCGCCGUUCAAGAAUGUUCAGACACUUCGAUAUCUCCUCAGUCAGAUCCCUUCGUCGAUUACGCCUUUCUUCCAGAGCCUUGGCAAAUCCCUGAUCACAAAACGCGGCCUCGAUGCCUACCCGAAACAGAAUGCUUCAUUGGUUGCAGAUGCUCUCGCAGCAACCUCAUUGGCGCAGCUCAAAUUUCCUGCCUUAGACAAGGUUCCCUCUCUUCAGGAUCGUUAUUCAUAUUGGAUCGUUAUCCUAUCGUCCAUUAGUCAGUUCAUGAUUGAAGGUGGCGUUGAACGAGCUCAACCACAGUGCCUGACUCUUGUCUUGCAGUCUUUCAAAACCCAAGGGGGCCUGGAAGCACUGAACGAGAUCUUGGAUGUCUUCUUCGCGGAGCUUAAGGCGCUUGUUCCUACGGCGGAAAAGUCGGCUCUUGACAAAGAUGCAUCCGCCCGACUUGCCGCUGCAUAUGGAGGAGUGAAGAUCAUCCUCUCCUUCUAUUCUCAAAUAAUAACUUCCAAAUAUAUCAUCGAAGCAAGCCAGACAAUCGCAAUCUCUUCUAGAGAAAGAGACAAGGACAAACCGGACUACUUUUCUCCCGGCCAAUUCCUGGUCGAGCUUCGCAUGGGUGUGCUACCCAGUGUUAUUGCCAUGUGGCAGUCCGAUUUUGUCGAUAAAUCCUCCAGCUCCAUUAUCAAAAGCCUAAUCGAUAUUCUCCGAAUCGUUCUUGAAGGCGAGAAUGAGCAAGGCGCAUAUAAGAGAUCGGAUAGAAUCCCUCCGCGAACGAAGACAGCUCUCAAGUCCUGGAAAGUCAAUACUGAUAAUGUUGGCAAGCUGACUGAAAAGGGGUUUGAGGAAAGCUUGGUUCAAGAGGCGUUGUUCAGAUGUAAUAACAACCUGUCCAUGGCACAGGAAUAUUGCGUCUCUCAACAGAGUCACUUCCGUGUAUCGAGGAACCCGAUACCCGAGAACGCCGAUCAAGAACGGCAACAAUCGCAGCAGCAGACUCUGCCCGUCCCUACGCAAGAGUCUGGAUCCAGGUUGCAAGGUCAGCAAGAUGAUACGCAAGCCACAAUGGCACCUCCCGUUGGACCGGACGGCCACUCUGUUCUUGUCGAAAACCCCCAGAUAGAAAUUGACAGCGCCGGCGGUUCUUCGUCAAGGUCCCGUAGCGCCGCGCCGCCACCUGCACCGGGCAUCCCUCUUGACGAUGACAGUCUGGAGGAGCAUGGCUCGCUCGCAAUGAGCAUUGACAAUAUUCUCGGACUCGGCGGUGCCCUGGGCAUCCCUCUAAGUCGAGACAGCGACGCUGGUCAUGGACCAUCAGCCAAUGCGCCAGAACCUCCAAGUCAAGUUCAGGGAACUGAAGCCGGAAAGCUUCCCGACGUUGUCACAAUCGAUGAUCUCGACGAGAAGCGCGUAGCAAUCAGAUCGAAUUUGAUAGACCGAUGUCUGGAUGUUUUAAACAGGCAUGACGACAUUACGUUCGAUUUGGCGGACCUGAUCACCGCAGCAGCAGCAAAGGCUAACAAUGUGGCUACCAUGCGCGGGGAAAUUGGAGAGAUCCUUGUCCAGUCUCUUAUUUCUCUCCAGUCAGAGGAGGACUAUCGUCCGGCCGGAAAGAAGAUCGCAGCAUAUGCUCAUUUACUCGCUCUAGUCAUCCAGGAUAGAGAGUUCUAUGACGCUACGCUUGACGAGCUCAAAGAGAAUUUUUCGACCCUUAUGGACUUCAUAAAAGUCACUCCAGAGCAGACGGGAGCGCAGUCUCCAUGGAUAGGAAAUAUUUUGCUCAUUCUUGAGAAGCUUCUUUCAGAAGAUGUCCAGCCGCGUCAAAUUAAGUGGACUCCUCCAAGUGCUGACGCUCCGAGAGCACCAAGUCCCGUUGCUGAGCUGGAUGAACCAAUGGUUCAAGCCAAUGACAAGGAGCGACUUUUCGAAGCGUUGAUCGAAAUUCUACCUCGGAUUGGCAAGGAGGAGUCUCUUGCGCUCUCGGUCGUCCGUGUCCUUGUCAUUCUUACCAGAAAUCACAAUCUUGCAAGUAGACUCGGCAAUAAGCGCAAUAUGCAACGCCUUUUCGUCAUGAUCAAGCAGCUUGCAGGGAAUACUAGCGACAAAUUGCAGAGCGCUUUUUUCUUGAUCCUUCGGCACGUUAUUGAGGACGAUGAAACGAUCAAGCAGAUUAUGCGCAGCGAAAUCCAGGCAAUGUUUCACACGCGCCAGCAACGGCAGACGGAUACAACAACCUAUACCCGACAAAUGUAUCAUCUCGUUGUCCGCUCACCGGAGCUUUUCGUUGAGGUUACCAAUGAGAAAUUAAAACUUCUGCGCUUUGAUUCAGGUCAGAGACCGCAGGUGCUGGUCCUCAAGAAGGAUGAGAAUGGAUCCGGGGACGGCGAAGCUUCCAGUAAACCGAAGCAGGACAACACAGAGCAACGUGAAACCGAGAUCUCUGAAGCCUCUGACAAGCAAAAGCCUUCAGAAGUAAAAGCGCCAGUUGUGGAGCAUCCUGAUGGCGUCAUUCAUUAUCUGCUAUGUGAACUACUCUCCUAUAAAGAUGUGGAUGAUAAGGAAGCGGCCUCCUCUCAAGAGAGUGCAAACAAGGACGCAUCCCGCUCUGGUCAACCGGAUGUCGAGAUGACAGUUAGUGAUUCUCCUUCGCCAACGCCGCCUCCAAGUUCAUCUCAGCAACAAGGAGAGGUUCCUAGGAGCGAGAAGCCAGAGUUCAAGGCGGACCAGCACCCAAUUUACAUUUAUCGCUGCUUCAUCUUGCAGUGCCUCACGGAACUCCUGUCUUGUUACAACCGUACCAAAGUUGAGUUCAUCAAUUUCUCUCGAAAGACAGAUCCCCAGGCUGCCACUCCUUCUAAGCCGCGCUCUGGCGUUCUCAAUUACUUGCUCAACGCCGUGAUUCCCGUGGGCACACUCAAUCACACGGAGGACAUUGCUUUCAGGAAGAAGCAGGCAACCUCUAGUUGGGCCAUCUCUGCAAUUGUUGCUCUUUGCUUCAAGACUGGCGAGCGGGAAUUCUACAAGGGACGGGAUAUUUCGGAUGGAGAGGAAGAGCCCGAUCUUCUUUUUGUCCGGAAGUUUGUGCUUGAGCACGCCCUCAAAGCCUACAAGGACGCCUGUGCUUCUAACGAAGCUCUCGACGUCAAAUAUACACGUUUGAUGAAUCUCUCAGAUCUUUUCAAUCGCAUGUUGACCGGGCGUCCAAAUUCUGGAAGCAACACUGUUGGCACUGAUCUCCUUAUUGCGUCGCAGAAGCAAUUGGCGCGAAUUAUGUUUGAGAAGAACUUUAUUGCUGUCUUGACGAGCUCUAUCGCUGAUGUCGACCUGAAUUUCCCCAACUCUAAGCGCGCCGUCAAGUACAUCCUUCGACCGCUGAAACUUCUCACACAAACUGCGAUCGACCUUAGCGUUACAUCUAGCCUAUCUACGACUCCUGGACAGACCGAUGACGACGAGAUCUCGACUGCAACAUCCGUGUCUGACAAUGAAGAGGGCCGCGAAGAGACGCCGGAUCUUUUCCGGAACUCCACACUAGGAAUGCUUGAGCCAGGACGAGAAGAAGAGUCGAGCUCGGAAGGUUCCCAAGAUGACGAGGAUAUGUAUGAAGAUGAAUAUGACGACGAGAUGGAAUAUGAUGAAGAAAUGCCUGACGACGAUGAAGAUGUCGUCAGCGAUGAAGACGAAGAUAUUGAGGGUAUGGGGCAAAUGGAAGGCCUUCCAGGAGAUGUAGGAAUGGACGUUGAAGUCGUUAUCGACGACGAUGAAGAGGGUGAUGACGACGAAAGUGAUGAAGACGAGGAGGGAUCCGAAGACAUGGAUGAAGGCGAAGAUCUUGAGGUUGUUGAUGACAUGGGCGAGGAAAUUGAUGAGGAUGAAAGCCUCGAUGAGGGAGAUGAUGACGAGUGGCAGAGCGAAGACGAAGAAGAUGAUUACGACGAUGAAGAGCCUCCGAUUGGUAUGCAUGGUGACGAGCAUGAUCUCCACAACGGGCCGAUAGGGCAUAUUGUCCGCGCCCUUGAAGAUGACGGCGAUCCUACAGCGUUGGAACAUCUGGAUGGGGACCCGCUUGACAUGAACAUCGACCCAGACCGAUAUAUGGAGGACGAUCUGGGUGAAGAUGAAGAUGACGAGGAGGAUGAGGAAGAUAUUGAUGAUGAGGAUAUGGUUUAUGAGCCAGACUUUGACGAUGAAGAUGUCGGCUUCUCGAACAUGCCGUGGGGCUGGGAGGCAGAUGAGCCUGGUUUGUUGACCCGUGGCCAUCAUCACCGCCACCAUCACCACAGAGCUCUGAGCCCGUGGUCUAUCUUCCCUUCAGGCGGACCAGGUGAUCGAGGAAUGCUCAUCCCCACCUAUCGCUCUCACCGCCCUGCUGGAGUUCGCGGAGCGGAUGAUGGAACCAACCCUCUUCUUCAGCGUGUGGGUGAUACAGGAGCUGGAGCCGGCGCCGGACGCCCAAGUCGCCCGGAACCAAUGAGUGACUGGGUGCAUGCGAUCGAUCCUGUUCACCCUAGUCGAGGCAUCUUUACUUCUGAGAGUCCCGUCUCGUUGAUCAACAAUCUUAUGACUGCGCUUGGCCAGGCGGGCGGCCCGGGUCUCGGCGCACUACAAUCUCAUGGCGGUGCGCUUCAUUUCCAUAUCGCCGGUGGACCAAAUGGUGCGCUUCCCCGAGACCUCCAAUCUAUGCUAGGUCUCAGGCGGCCGCAACCUGAGACUUCUCGACCCUCUCGUGAUGAUCCGGCACAGGCUGUAACAUUCAUGCCAACAGUUACUACAGUCAGAUGGCAAGAGGAAGCACGUCUUCUUUUCGGUGCUAGCUAUAUUGAAAAGGCUCAGCGGAUCAUCAAUUCUCUUCUCCGGGUCAUGGUUCCACCUGCCAUCGAAGAAGAAAAGAUCCGUAAGGAAAAGGCACUGGAAGAAGCGCGUAAGCUUAAGGAACGGGAAGAAAAGAAGGCUGAAGAAGAACGAAUCGCAAAGGAAAAGGCCGAGCAGGAAGAGAAGGAGAAACGCGAAAAAGAAGAACGGGAAGCAGCCGAAGCCGCGGCUCUCGCUCGAGCUAGUGGACAGGCUGAGGAGGCUUCCGCUCCUACCGCGGAGCAGACCAAUGACAGCCAUGCUAUGGAAGGGGUUGAGCCCACUCAAGCUGAAACAGCAGCUAUCGAAGAGGCAGGUGUGCCUGCUCCGCGGAUUCACACAACGAUUCGCGGCCAAGAAGUCGACAUCACUGAUAUGCAUAUUGAUCCCGAGUAUCUCGAAGCGCUACCAGAAGAUAUUCGUGAAGAAGUCAUCAUGCACCAGCUGGCAGAACAACGGUCGCAAGCUGCAGCAGCAGGUGAAGAGCCAACUGAUAUCAGCCGAGAGUUUUUGGAUGCUUUGCCGGCCGACAUCAGAGAGGAACUCCUGCAACAAGAAGCGCAGGAUCGUCGCCGCCGCGAACGCGAAGAGGCUCGACGGCGGGCUGCUGCCAAUGGUGGAGCUGUCGCGAGAGCGGAAGAUAUGGACCCCGCUAGUUUCCUAGCUUCAUUAGAUCCUAACCUCCGGCAAGCCGUGUUGAUGGACCAAGAUGAUGAAGUUCUUGCUCAAUUACCGGAAGCCAUCGCUGCUGAGGCCCGAGCUUUGGGUGGUGACCGUCGUCUGCAUCAGUUCAUGGACAUGCCUCGCAUCAACCGCGCUCAUGUUCUUGAUAGUGGCGACAACGCAGCAGAUGAAGCCAAUCGGAAGCAGCAGCGAAAACAAGUUGUACAAAUGUUGGACAAGUCUGGCGUUGCUACGCUUCUGCGCCUGAUGUUCAUCCCUCUCCAAGGCAGCGCUCGGCACACACUCAACGGAAUUUUGCAGAACGUCUGUGAGAACCGACAGAAUCGAGCAGAAGUCAUUAGUAUGAUUCUGCAUAUUCUGCAGGAUGGCAGUGUCGAUAUAUCCGCUGUCGAGAGAAGCUUUGCUCAUCUGUCCAUUCGUGCAAAGAAUGCGUCAUCGCAGAAGACGCCGCAGCCGCUCAAGCGAACUUUGACGGGCCAACAGUUUGCAGGCCAUAAUUCCGAGAUGUCGCCUUUGAUGGUUGUACAGCAAUGUCUAAAUUCCCUUGUGUUCCUUACACAGUAUAACCCACAUGUUCCUUCCUUCUUCUUGACUGAACACGAUGGCUCCUCCAGUGCAAAGAACCGCCAAAACAAGAAGGGCAAAGCCAAGGAGGGCAAAGCUAGCAAAUUCGCUCUGAACGCUUUGCUCGGCCUAUUAGAUAGAAAGAUGAUCAUGGAAAACGCAACAGUCAUGGAACAUCUUUCGAGCCUUCUCAAUAGCAUUACACAUCCCCUCGUCAUGCUCUUGAAGAAAGAUCAAAAGGAUAAGCCUGAGGAAGCUGCAGAGGAAACGCAAGGCGAGGAAAACCCUGAACCGACUGCGGACACCUCAGUUGAGAAUCAGGCUGUCGUUCGGGAAGAGGGGAACGUGGUGCCUGAAUCUACAUCAGCCCCUGAAGAGUCCAAUGCGCCAACCGAAGCCGCUCCUGGAGCGACCUCUUUGCCCGAUGACAAGGCCGUUAAAGAUGAAGGUACAAAGCCUAAGAAGCCUCGCACACUGACACCUCCCGCAGUGCCCGAGGGCAAUUUGCGCCUCGUGGUGAACAUUCUGUCUGCGCGUGAGUGCAGUGCGAAGACGUUCAGAGAAACCCUUUCUACGAUCAACAACCUUUCUGCCCUGCCAGAGGCUAGAGAUAUCUUCGGAAGGGAGCUUAUCGCACAAGCUCAGGGUCUUGGGCAUUCAAUUUUGAAAGAUCUGGACGAUCUCGUUCCCCACAUUCAACAAGCCGAGACUGGCACUGAGGUUCAAGGCAUGGCGCUGGCCAAAUUUUCUCCUGCAAGUUCCGAUCAAGCUAAGCUCCUACGUGUUUUGACCGCCCUCGAUUAUCUCUUUGACCCGAAGCGGACUGAUACUAAGGAGAAGUCAGACAAGGAGAUUGAAGUAGAAGCAAGCGAGGCCAAGGCUGACAUUCUCACUGCUUUGUACGAGAAUCCAACAUUUGGCUUGCUCUGGAAUAAGCUCAGCGACUGUUUGAUUGCAAUUCGACAAAGAGAUAAUUUGCUCAACGUUGCAACCAUACUGUUGCCCCUGGUUGAGGCGCUCAUGGUGGUCUGCAAGAAUACUACCCUCAAGGAUGUUCCACUGGCUAGAACAGAACAGAAGGAGUUCGGUUUCUCAAGCCCAGAACCCGAGUCUCCGAUGGAGCAGCUAUUCUUCAACUUUACCGAAGAACACCGGAAGAUACUUAAUGACCUCGUUCGCCACAAUCCGAAACUGAUGAGCGGAACUUUCUCCUUACUGGUCAAGAAUCCGAAGGUGCUGGAAUUCGACAACAAACGCAACUACUUCACAAGGCGCCUCCACUCUCGAGGCGCCGAACGGCAUGCUCAGCCACCACUCCAACUUCAGGUCCGCCGAGACCAAGUCUUCCUCGAUUCUUUCAAGUCACUUUAUUUCAAAACUGGCGAGGAAAUGAAAUACGGCAAGCUCAACAUUCGAUUCCAUCGAGAGGAAGGUGUUGACGCCGGAGGUGUUACUCGCGAAUGGUUCCAGGUCUUGUCAAGACAAAUGUUCAACCCUGAUUAUGCUCUAUUCACGCCAGUGGCAGCGGAUCGGACAACGUUCCAUCCCAACCGUUUGAGUUCUGUCAACCAGGAACAUCUUAUGUUCUUCAAAUUCAUUGGCAGAAUCAUUGGCAAGGCAUUGUACGAGGGUAGAGUCCUUGACUGCCAUUUCAGUCGUGCAGUCUAUAAGCGCAUCCUCGGCAAGCCUGUCUCGAUCAAGGACAUGGAGACGCUUGACCUAGAUUACUACAAGUCAUUAGUCUGGAUGCUGGAAAAUGAUAUUACGGACAUUAUUACCGAAACAUUUUCGGUAGAGACUGAUGCAUUUGGAGAAUCUCAGACUAUCGACUUGAUCGAAAACGGCAGAAACAUUCCGGUCACUGAAGAGAACAAGCACGAAUACGUUCGUCUUGUAGUAGAGUAUCGUAUGACUGGUUCUGUGCGUGAGCAACUCGAGCAUUUCUUGAAAGGUUUCCAUGACAUUGUCCCAGCGGAAUUAAUUUCCAUCUUCAAUGAACAGGAGCUGGAGUUGCUCAUUUCUGGAUUACCUGACAUUGAUGUUGACGACUGGAAGAACAACACCGAAUACCACAACUAUUCAGCUUCUUCACCACAGAUCCAGUGGUUCUGGCGUGCCGUGCGCUCCUUUGACAAGGAAGAGCGCGCCAAGUUGCUGCAAUUCGUUACUGGAACAAGCAAAGUGCCCCUCAACGGAUUCAAGGAGCUUGAAGGCAUGAAUGGCUUCAGUCGGUUCAACAUCCACCGUGAUUAUGGCAGCAAAGACCGGCUGCCGAGCUCUCACACGUGCUUCAAUCAACUCGAUCUCCCCGAGUAUGAAAGCUACGAGGCUCUUCGCAAACAACUUUACAAGGCAAUGACUGUCGGAAGCUCUUACUUUGGCUUCGCUUAA